UAAUCGGCACAGCGAAUACUCUUUACCUGUGCUACACAUGGAAAGUCAGUUUUGUAUUGUUUUGUCAAUAAAGUUUUGGGUUUUGAAAAUCGCGCCAUAACUGCAAUAGCUAGCUUAACAUUUAACCCCUUUUCAACUGCAUCAUUACCUAGUUAACCAGGUAAAACGUCAGAAACAAUGAACAACACGGAUGUUGUUUAUGAGAAGACACACUUCAGACAUGACCGGAAGUGGAGCGUCCACCUACGGCCUGCAGAUGGGGGAAUGCUGCUCUGUAUGGCCUGUGUUAUUGAAAUGAUCGAGACGCAAGAGAUCCCGUCAGCGAGGAAGUCGUUUGUCUUAUCUGCCCUUAGCGGGAUGUUGAAAAGCUCUGCGGGUGCUUUGAAAGAGCUGCUCCGACAGGACCGCAGAGUCACUCAGCACUUUAUCACCACACUAUUAGGUUUGCUUCAGACCUUGGAGGACCCAGUCACUAUGGAGAAGGCAGACCAAGUUCUGGUUCAGCUGCUUUUAGAGCUGCAGGAUGAGCUGCCCUUUCACAUCGUUUUGGAUGCGAUACACAAACAGCUGAGUGACCAAUUUAAUGUGAAACGCUUCCUGCCUACAUUCAACUUCCUGGGAAGCCUUCUGAAAACAGUCCCCAACGUGGCUCACAGCCUUCUGACUCAGUAUGUGCCUAUGUUAGACCACCUGUGCUCAGCCCUGCUUUAUCCAGAUGAAGCGCUGAAGACUUCAGUCGUGUAUCUGUGGCUUCAGCUGCUGGAGACAUCUGGAGACGCAGCGGUCCAGUCCCUGCCUGUUGCCACAAGGGACAGACUGUGCAUACUGCUGCUGCAGACCUUUGCCAAUGCUGGCUUGGGACAGCUCAUUAAAAACUGUGCUGGUUUGCUCUGGCAGCUGGUGAAGCUGGAUGAGGCUGUGUCAGUUCUGAUGAACCACCCAGGCAGUCAGAUCCUGUGUGAUGGGAAUGAGAACAUGCUCGUCAACAACAGCCAAAACCAAGAGCAACCGCCUGCUGACCAUUGCCUCCUACCCCUCCUUCUGAAAAAGUUGCUGCUGAGUGGGGACGAGACAUUGCAGGUCACCAGUGCAAAGUGCAUUGCUGCCAUUAUGGUUCAUUCUCCCAGUCAGUACAGUACUUUCUUCAUCAGGGCUGAUUUACCUGGAUUUCUGUUUGACCGUCUGGCCGGUUGCAACACUGAGAUGUUUCUGUGGUCAAUCUACAGCUGUCUGGUGCUACUAACUGAAAAUCCGCUCUUCUUCUCUCAGUGCCACUCUGUCUAUGGUAUAGAGUCCCUGCUGCGCAGUCUGAAGGAGGCUUUGCAGCUCACCAAUCUGGAGGUACCAAAACAAGGUUUCCUACUCCUCACUGAAAUACUGGAAAGACAGCCUCCAGGUGUGCAUCUGUUCCCCAGUGGUUCAGCGUUUGUGGCGGUUUCAGAGGUCUUGUUAGCUGGAAGCUCCUGUUCCUGCCUGUCUGUAGCCACACAGGUCAUCAGAGCCACCACCUCUUUGUUCAGCCUCAAUCAUCAGUCCAGACCAGUCCAGUACAAGGAGAUAGAGAGACUGAUAGAAGCCAUCACCAGUAGAUUAUCUGAGCUACUUCUGCCCUCCUCUGCUCACCAGCGAAACUCUAGUCAUCUGAAAGGAAUGGAUUCCAACAGCAAGAGCUUUAGGUCCAAAUGUUAUCUCCUACAGGCUCUGGUUUGUUUUCAGGCAGCCUGCAGGCUUGCUGAGGAAUGUGGGUCAGAUCCAGUUCUGAUGAAGAACCCGUUCACUGCUCCACAUAAACCCAGCGAUGAUGAAGACUCACUGGAGUCUCUGUGUGGAUGUCUGCUACGCUGCUGUGACUCCGUCUGGAUCCCUACUGUCCUUAGGGCGUGUGAGGGUGUACCCAGUGCCCAGGUACUGCAGUACUUCUACUCCACUCUUUGCUUCCAGUUCACGCUUCUUCCAUCUCUCAUGCCUGAUUUCGCCAAAAAACUUGCGUCCUCUGGUUUCUUUAAGCUGACUGUGAAUCAUAAAGCCCUCCUUUGUGCAGGAAACAGGAACCCAAUUCUGAAUGCAUCUUUCUGUGGUUUUCUGCAGAAACUGAGUGUGUGUCUGCUCUCUGAAUCAGACCUCCCUUCGGACCCAUACAACGAUUGUGAGGAGGUGGAGAAUCUUCUGCACUGCAACCUUCCCUCCAUGUGUUAUCAUCUGUCAGACUGGGGCUCUUUGUUAUGCGAUUAUCAGGAGCCGAGGUCCACUCAGUACUGUCUGGUGAUAAUGCUCUAUCUGGCUCUGAAGCACGGAGACAGGCUGCUCCCAGACCAGUCCGUGUUCUCCAGUGUGGUGGUGUUGCUGCAGUCAAUGCAGGAGCAAGGGGACUCCUAUGUGCCUUGCUGUGUCCUCCGCUCAGCCCUUUACCUGCUGGCUGUGACCCAAGACAAGAGCCCCCGUCUCGAUGUGGUUCCUUUGAAUUAUAUCUGCAAAGCAUUCUCCUCCUGCCAAAGCUUCUCCUCCAUCUACUCUCACCAUCCUGCUCUCCUCCACUUCGUUUGUCGAUAUCAAGAGCUAGCAGAAAAAUUUGGGCCCCUGGUUCUGGAGCUUUGGUUGACUAGGAAAUCACACGAUGAUGCGGAGCAGAGCAUGGCCAAAGAGGAGGAGAGUGAAGAUGACGAGCAGAAUGAGGAACCAGACACCCAAACGACAGAGAUACUGACUCUAAUCGAGAAAUACCCAAAUGUCCUUCUGAUGCUCAUUGACAUGCUGAUAAGCAGAGAGCCUCCCCUGGCUGAGCGGGCUCUGGGUGUCCUGGAGGCUCUUCUGCAUGGGAACAGAGAGUACACGACAGAUUUGUGUUCCAACCUCAGACCAGCCCUGCUCCAGGCAUUACAGAGGCUCAGUGUGGAUAAUGGACUCGGCCGUGAUCACAGCCCACCGGUCAACUCUCUCCCAAUGGUGCUGAAGCUGCUGUGUGUGACCCAGGCCAGUGACCCGCCUUCACCCUCCGUUUUCACUAAUAUGGAAGGAGUACACUUCAAGCUGCUCUACCAUGUGGGUAGUGUUGUUGGGAUGCUGAAGCCAACCAACACAGAGGCUCUUCUUCAUGCCUUCAACUUCCUGCAGUGCUGGCUGAGUCUGUCACCUGCUUACAGCGCUAACGGAGCUGUCUCCAUGCUGCUCUCCAACAGCAGGCUGCUGCAGCAGCUACAGACCAUCAUCUCCUCCUCCUCUUCUGAUCCACCCCCACUUCCAUCAGCUCGUCCUCCGUCAGCUCUGCUGUGCUGCAGCCAUCUACUCCUGUCCUCCCUCAUUACCUUGCAGUGCAUUCACUCCACUCAGGUCCAAACCAGCAUCAGCUGGAGUCUAGACACAGCUGUGCAGCUACUGCUUCUUCAGAAGAGAAACACAGACAACCUCUUGCUGGUGUCCUACCUGAGGUUGCUGCAGGCUUUACUUGAUGUUGACCUGACGUCAGCAGUGGUGUGUUUGAACACUGGUCCUGGUUUGGUCAGACCCAGGCCCCUGGAGGUUGAAGACGGCGCGUUGUUCCCUCUUGGCUCCAAAGGGGCUUUGUGCCUCUUAAAUGCUCUCCAAGGACUUCUUUUGCAGAAACACGAGUUGUUGUUGCAAACCUCCGUUGGCUGUCUGAGCUCCCUUAUGAGCUUCCUUAGAAGAAGAAGUCCCGUUACAGCCAAAUACGCAGCGUGUCAGCCAUGGUCUCGAAUCCUCCUGCAGAGCCUGCUCAGCUCAGGGGAAAGCUCCUUUCUGCAUCCGGCCCUCCUGAGAUUCAUCACACUGCUGCUGAGGCACAGCAGCACAGCGGUGCGCUGGGAGCCACACCUGCUCCAUGUGAUGGAGACAGUGGAGAUGAGGGGGGUGAAGGAGCUCAGCCUCGAGGCAGCACGUGCUCUGGAGCUGCUGCUCACACAGAUUCAGGGCAGCGUUUCACUUCCCACUGAGGAGCACAAGCUGAGAGUGAGAGAAAUGAGGGAGGCGCUCGGAUCGCAGAUGUCAGCUGAGAGCUGCAACACCAGUCGGUCCACCAACAUCUUAUGUGUUGGAGACGUGUCCAUCGGUCUGACCUCACUCUGAAAACACGAGACAGACCGUUCUCUUCCAUGGUUCUUCACUUACAGCUCCUUCAUUCCCAUGUUCUUGUUGUUUCUGUUCUUACAUAUUGUGUUACAGCAUCACAGAUCUCUGUUGGGUUCAGCUGAAGACGGAGAAAAGUGUGUUUGACUUUGAGGGGAGAAAGUCUUUGCUGAAGCAGCUGUUGGCGGUGGUCCUGAGAGACUAUGGGAUGUCGGUGAUGAGUUAAAGCAUCCUUGGUGGCCUUUGUCUCAGACAGAUACUUUUUGUGUUUACAUCUGGUACUUUGGGUGAUCGGUGAAGACAAUAAAGUACUUUUACUAAAGGGAAA